AUGAAUCUUGAAGAACAAGCGGCCGAACGUAAAGCUAGAAUAGCAGCAUUACGUGAACAGAGAAAGAAAACUAAUGAACUGGCCAUAUCUACGGGGAAUAAUUUGACUUCCAAUGUCCAUCCUGUCGUCAACAUCGUUAAAAAUGAGACUGACCUUUUGAAUACGGAAAAAAAUGAGCCAAACAAGUCAUACACGAAUGGAAAUAUCGAGGAUGACGUUUCAGCUUCUUCUGAGAGACCAUUAUUGAGAAUAUCAGCAUCAGAAACUGUUGAAGCAAUUGCUGAGAAAGAACAGCAGAGAAUCUUUGCUCAGUUCCAUCGUCGUGCUCUUGAAGCUUCACUUCAUGAGACUGAAGUUGUUAAAGUUGAUAGAAUGAGGUGUAAUGUAGAUCUCAAAGAAGACUUGGCUCUUUAUUUUGAAGAAGCCAAAGAGAAGACGGACCAAGCUAUUAGAAAGAUUCUUCUUGAAAAGACUUCAACCUGA